AAUACUACCUUCAAUAUGACAGGAGUGUUCUGUUUUAUAAGAAUCUACUACAAAAACAUGAAUCAAAGAUCCUGUAUAUGACAAGAGGACUCUGCAUUUAUUCAGGACCCCCUGCAAAUAUGCUUGUCAAAGAUCCUCUAUAUGACAGGAGCAUUCUGUUAUUUCUUUUAAGGGCCUACUGCAAAAACGCCAGUCAGAGAUUCUCUCUGUGACAGGAGCGCUCUGCUGUUUUUAAUGACAUACUGUAAAAAAAAAAAAAAAAACGCCAGACAAAGAUCCUCUAUAUUGUGGUGCUUUUAGGAAUCUAAAGCAAGGUGAGAACUGAACUGGGCCAGCCUGAUGUCACUCACGGGUUGGAUUUGGCCCCAUGGGCUGAAGAGCUCUGGUGUACUUAUUAAAUACAGUACAUUAAAAUAAGGAUUACACACUAUAUCCUUUUUUUUGAGACACAGAAAAGAGGUAUGAUUUAAAUUAGCUCUUCUUCUUCCUACUCCUUUUUGGUCAUGACUGAUACAACCAAAUGAAGUAGUUCAGUGUAACUUUGUUGGCAGGUGCCAUUGACUUAACGGGAUUAGCAAGCAAAAGAUGUAUUGUAGCAUGACAUUCGGUAUUUAGACCAAUGCUUUUUGGAUGUAGAGGUGUAGGCGUACUCCCUGUCUGUUUCACACUUUCCUAAAAUAACACUGGUACCCACGCUGCAUGCAAAAACUAACAACAUGUAUUGUGUUCUGCCCCUCCACCGGACGUACAAGUUUCCAUUCCAGAUGGUGUCUGCGUGUGCGGACACUGUGACCCUUGCCCCUCCUAUCCGUGGCAUACAUUGUGAUUAACCAAUGCUAUUCUGGGGGAUCUUCAUUGGUUCAUAUGUAUUGGAUUUAGUUUCCAUGAGUUGUAUCAGGCUUGGUUAAGGUCUACAUUACAAAUCUAGGUUCAGAUGUCUCACUGUGGGGAGCCAUCACUCUUUCUUUCCCUCGGGUAGCGUGCUUCUUGUUUCCUUCCUCUUCCUAACUCUCCAGUGAUUGUCCUGAGACAUGGUUAGAUGUGUCCAAACACCCACAGUCUAUUUCUGCUCAAGGUGGUUUCCUUUCAGGAGGUAUUUUGUUCCUUCCACUUGCUAUAUAUGGUCCAACUGGGGGCCUUGAGUUGAAUAUAAGCAAACGUAUGUAAGGAUACAUACAGUAUAUGUCGGAAUUCAUGCCGGCAGCACCAGCUAUUUACACAAACAUUUUGAAGAUGUUUGUAGCUGAACAACUGAACAUUUAUGCCUAUUUUUCUGUCUCUAAUGUUUCACUUGCCUUGUUGAUGCCUUUAGCUGUGUUGCAAAAGAUCUAUAUACAUAUUGGUGUGUAUGAGACAGAGACUGCGAGAGUGAUGGCGGUGUUGCAAGAGCAGAUUUGAAGGCAAAAUUAUCAAGGAUUGAAGGUCAUUGCGAGGGGAGCAUGCCAGGCCGCCCGCACUAUACUGACUGACUGAUCAAUACGGUGUCCUCGCUGUUGUCCUACUUUAUGCUGGGAAGAAAAACAAACACACGACAUAGCCGCCCUCCUGCAGUAGCGCAUCAUAGCAUAGGCGUGGAGACAGCCAGACGAGCACAGUCUAACCUUCCUUCUUGCUCAACAUUGCAUUAUGCAACUCUUGUUGCUAUACUCGCGAAAGCUUUUUCUUUUUCUUUGCCUAUGAAAGCUGUGUUGUUCUUUUUCCCAACUGAUAAAGACUCCUGGAGAUAGUGAUUAGGCGAUGAGCUCUUGUGGAGAAAGACUGUGAAACUAAGGGAGCAAAUUGGAAUGUAGGUCGCUGGGAUGGCCAGGAACCAGUUGACAAGUGACAAGGAAGCGUACGUUAUAGUUGUUCUGCAAACAAACAGAAGGAGAGGCCAUCAUGCAUUAGUUCCAUGAACUUGUUGACCGUUCUUUUGAUGAAAAGAACCAUUGUCCUCACUGGAAAGACUCCCACAGUAGUUUUUCCCUUUUUGUUUUUCCCUUUUGAGUUCUUGAAAAGUGAUUUGCUCAGCGUCCACUGUGGACACGCCAAAACCAUACCAACAUACAUAAAGUAUAGUACAUGAGCAUGUGUCACACUUUUCAGAUUCCAGUCCCUCUUAUGGCGCAAAGCCCCACCUCUCGCUACCUCCAGUGCCCCCCUCUCCUGUAUUUGCCCAAAGCCUAAUACUCUCAGUCCAGCCCCACUUGCUGACCACUCUCAUUGUCUGCAAACAGAACAGCCUUCUGUGUUGCAACGGACCUACCAAGCAGCCCUUGCAACUAAAUUAUGACAGCUCUUAAGUAGUUUUGAGGUCUAGGAGGCCAACCUGCAGCCGUGGCUCAAAUUCAAGACAGGCACAAAGCGGCCUCGCUGCCGGGCCGCUCCUGCUCGAGCAUCCCGACGACCGGGCGGCUCCGCAGACGGAUGGGGGUGUGCAAGGUGGACGACUUCAGCUUUGACAGCUUCGAUCUGCUGUAUAGUGGAGCUGUCGAUAGGUUGAGGAGUCACAAAAGUAGCGGCAGCCUAAAGGAGGAGCUGAGGAAGCUGCGCGAGGAGACCAAUGUGGACUCCCUGCGACAGGAGCUGGAGAGAGAGCGGAGCAAGCGCCUCGACCUGGAGCACAAGAUGGGCGAUGUGCUGAAGACCAGGCUGGAAGAUUCUCCGCCACAACCGCCCCGAAAACAACAGUCACCUUCUAAUAAUGGAACAGCAGAUAAGCAGCAGAAGGAGGUGUGGAGCUCGCGGCUGCAGAAGUGGCUGUACGAGCGCUUUGGGGUUUACAUCGAAGACUUUCGCUUUCAGCCGGAGGAGAGCACGGUGGAGGCCGAGGAACCACUAAGUGCUAAAAGGUUGACAGAAAACAUGAGGCGACUCAAGCGAGGAGCCAGGCCCGUCACCAACUUUUUAAGGAACCUCUCCGCCUUAUCCAAUUGGCACUCUGUAUACACCUCAGCUAUUGCCUUCAUUAUAUACAUGAACGCUGCUUGGCACGGCUGGGCCGUUCCUAUGUUCCUCUUCCUGGCCAUCCUGCGCUUGUCCUUAAAUUACCUCAUUGCUCGAGGUUGGAGGAUCCAGUGGAGCAUUGUGCCUGAGGUCUCUGAGCCGAUGGAGCCUCCAAAGGAAGACCUGACCGUGUCGGAGAAGUUUCAGCUCGUACUUGACGUGGCACAAAAAGCACAGAACCUCUUUGGCAAAAUGGCGGAUGUUCUAGAGAAGAUAAAAAACCUCUUCAUGUGGGUGCAGCCGGAGAGCACCCGAAAACUUUACAUCUGCCUGUGGGUGGCUUUCAUCACUUCCUGCGUCCUGCCCUACAAGCUGAUGGGCUUCAUGAUUGGCCUGUACGCCGGCAUCAAGUUCUUCAUCAUAGACUUCCUCUUCAAGAGCUGCCCGAAGCUGCGCGACAAGUAUGACACCCCCUACAUCGUGUGGAACAGCCUCCCUACAGACCCCCAACUCAAAGAGCGGACCAACGCCACUGUGUCACGGCGGCUCUCUGCCACAGAGAAGGUGCAGCCCGUGGCUUCUCGAGGCAGCCUGGCCGCCGUGCCAUGCGGCGUAAACCGAGAAGAGGAGACAGGCCGCUCCCACAGCACCAAAAAGGGAGCCUUCCACGAGAUCUUCAACCUACCAGAGUUGGAGCGCCCUCUCGCCGUGUGUGAGAACGGCUGGCGGUGCUGCCUCAUAAACAGAGACAGGAAGAUGCCCACAGACUACAUCAGGAACGGGAUGCUCUACGUCACAGAGAAUUAUUUGUGUUUCGAGAGCUCCAGCUCUAGAUCGGGCUCCUCCAAGAAGAAUAAAGUCAUCAAGCUAGUUGACAUCACUGACAUACAAAAGUACAAGGUGCUGUCUGUCCUACCAGGGAGUGGAAUGGGCAUCUCCAUAGCAACACCUUCCACUCAGAAGCCGCUGGUGUUCGGCGCCAUGAUCCACCGAGACGAGGCGUUCGAGGCCAUCUCCACGCAGUACACCAAGAUGGUCACCACCAGCAAACCACCGGCCGCCACUGCCGCCGCCUCCACCGGCGAGCUGUAAACACCUCGCUGGGACCUUCAGGCGUCACUUCCUGUUGGCCUAUGGACUUUUUUUUUUUAGUGUUUAUCAAGAGGGGGCUGGUCCCUCCUCGGUCACCUGACUGCGUCCCUUGUGUCGUACGUAUGUGUGUGUGCGUGUGUUGCAUGUGUGGCAAAAUAGUCUUCAACUGUGAUUAUUUUUCUGCUCUCCAGUGAUGUGAUUCCACGAUAUCAUGAACAACAACUGGAGCUUUAUAAUAUAGCAUCAAUGACGGCAUUUUUUUUGUGCAAAUGUGAACUAUGUAGCUUAUUUUUCCUCCAUAUUUGCCUUUUCUUUACAUGUUUGGACUGACUGUGUGAGGGGGGGAAAAGCACAACACUGACAGAGAACAUCUCACGUGUCAUGGUAAACAGCACAACGUGGUACGACAUAAGCGGCAAAACAUUCUCCCGCACUUUAUUACCUUUCAAGUCCAACUGGAAUCUUGCAGAAGUACUCUUUUUUUAAGGAAUUGCUGUUCAAAUCAAAUCACUUCUGGUCAGGUGAUCUUGCCCCCGUCCCCAUUUUCAUGAUUAGCUUUAUGGGAAGAGAGUAAAGCUGGUCUUAACUCCCUUUUUGUGUAGACUGCCAAACUCCAGCACACUGCAUAGGAACAAAAAAGGCCUUGACAUUUUAAUAUUUAUUAUUUUCCCCAGUCAAGUCAGUUGGAAAUGUCAGGUUUACCUCUUCAAGCUGCAUACAUCUUUUAUCAUUUUGAAAUGAAAAAUCAACAUGACCGGGUAUGAAAUUGCCUCACAUAAGAGCGAUUGACCGGUUCAAACAAUGUUUUUUUUUGUCUUAAACGCUUUUGACCUGUCGCCUUUUUUCUGUAGUCAGUUUUAAAUGGAAAAAGCACAGAAUGUAUCUUAUUUUUUCCUCCGUUUUUUUUUUUUUUUGCCAAAUCUGCCAUAUUCUGCCUAAGCUCAUGUUUACAUGAUUAUAUUUAUCUCUUUUCAGUUUGAAUUCCUGUGCGUUUUGGAAUAAUGACGACUGUUCCUCAUUAAAUACUCUGUCCACGCUUUC